AUGCCCCGCCUUACUGAGGAAGAUCUGAUUGGGCCAGUCGAGGAGGCUGCUGAGCUUCAGAGUAUGCUUGGUGGUGAUCUCACUCCGCGUGACCAGCUGAUCACACCACCAGAACAACCACCUUUGGCUUUCGGCGUAGCUGAGUUCACUUCGCAGACCGGCGAAGGUGUCCCUGAAACUUAUGUCACCUCCACCACCUCCGCCCCUUCUGCCAACCACGAUGCCGACCAAGCUCCUGAGCAGCCACUCGAAGAUGCAGCCACAACACCCAACUCGAGUACCUCAACUUCACAGCACCAAGAUCCCACCACCGGCACUUCCAUAGCUACCAGCAUCACAACCUCCACACCCUCAACACCCUCAACACCCAAGAGAUCCAAAGCCUCCAAACGCAAGUCAACCACCACAACUUCUUCACCACGACCACGUUCAGCAGCCAAACGCAAAUCCCGCAACUUCGAAGAUGACGACGACGAAUACCGCGCACCCUCCACACCACGCUCCAAAGCUCGCCGGUCGCGCGUAGUAGCCAAAGCUGACGACGAUGAGGAGUACGGGCCUGCCCGCUUCGUCACCAGGACCAUGACACGGAAGAUCACUCGCGGUUCACGAUACGGCUCGCGCAGCUCCGAUCCAGACCCUGAUCAAGAAGAUCCGGCUGAUGAGAUCAGUCUUUGCCUCGCCGACUGUCAAAGAGCGGAGGACGAUGAGAUGCUGGAGUGCGCUGGUGGAUGCGAGAAGAAGUUCCACGCUCCUUGCGUUGGCUUCCGGAGUGUGCUACCGGUAGGAAGGCGAUGGCUAUGCUUCGAGUGCCGGAAGGAGAAGCAGUUGGGGAUGCGGUCGAACGGGAUCGUUGCGGAGGGAGAGGAGGGAGAGUUGGUCGAGGUCGCAGCUGGCUCCAAGAUGGAAAUAGAAUGGAAGCGGGACGGGCGGAUGGUGUAG